AUGGCAGCCCCCUAUGCAAAUGACCAUGUCAACCCCAAUGGGCCUAACGAUGCCCGUCCAACAGCUCUCAAGAUCAUCCGAGACGGGGGUCUCGAUGGGAAACUUACUGGAAAAGUCUUCUUAAUCACAGGUUGCACUUCGGGUGUUGGCGUCGAGAUUGCUAGAGCGAUUCACACCACAGGCGCUGAUGUCUACAUCACCGGUAGGCAAGCCGACAAAGGGAAGGAGGUUGUCAAUAGGAUCUUAGCAGAUGAAAAGCCAGGGAAGGUUGUUUACUUGGAAAUGUCUCUUGACUCGAUUGCAAGUGUCAAGAAGGCGGCGGCCAACUUCUUAGAGCUCUCCAAGACUCUCAACGUCCUUAUCUGCAACGCCGGUAUUGCCCUUGCACCCCAAGGCACCACAAAGGAUGGUCAUGAGACGCACUUUGGAGUCAACUAUGUCGCCCACUUUGCGCUGUUCCAUGAACUGCGCGACACCCUUCUGGCAUCGGCAACUCCUGAGUUCUCAUCACGAGUAGUGACCACCUCAUCCAUGGUUCAUGCAAUGAGUACCUUUUUGUUUGACGACUUCAACUUUGAACGAACCCCCUAUGAGCCUUAUGCAGUUUAUGGCUCUUCCAAGACGGCCACUCUCUGGAUGGCGAAUGAGAUUGAAAGGCGCUACGGCUCCAAGGGCCUCCAUGCGACGUCAGUGCAUCCCGGAGCAGUCCUAACGGAGAAGAUCAGCGCGCAAAUGGGAGGAUCUGAGGGAACGAUGCAGAAUCCUGCCAUUGGCCUAUAUAUGAAGAGCAUAGCACAAGGUGCUGCAACCACAGUUUGGGCGGCUGUUGGCAAGGAGUGGGAAAACAGAGGGGGGCGUUACCUCGCAGAUGUUUCCGAAGACGGUCCGCUGAGAGGAUCCGAGACUGAUUUCAUCAGACUCGGCUAUGCACCUCAUGCCUAUGACAAGGACGGAGAGAAGCGGCUAUGGGAGCUAGGUCUUAAGCUCAUUGGGGCACAAGACGGGGCCUGA